CAGACAAAGCCGAUUAGCCGUUCAAAGUCAAAGAUACAAGAACGGAGAUUUACAAUAAUUGUGCAAAUUUCAAUCCUUAUAUUUUUUCUUCCAUCCUUUUAUUUACUGAGAAAAGAGCAACGUAUUUUUAUUCUAAAUAUACUUGACUUUCAUUAAACACAAAAGUGCAGAAGUUAAAUACGAAGCCAAGAACAAAAUUAAUAUGGCAACUGCUACGACUGAAAAUAUUUCAAAUAAAGCUAACAUGCGAAGGUACGUUCUUUAUUUCGUGAUUUUUUAUUACCAUUUCAUCAAUUUGUCUUGCUAACAAGUUAUAUCUACACCUGUAGAGACGUGGCGGAUAGCUGGAAGACCAAAUUAAACCUACCACCUAAAGAUAGACGUGUAAAAACUACAGUAAGUUCACAACGUUCACUUGUUGGUUGAAUGAAUUGCCACCAGUUUCAUGUAUUUGAUGCUUUGUCUACGUGCCAUUUGUGUACAUAUAUAAUCAUUUCUUGUUUUCCUGUCUUUUAUUUGUUGUUUAUUAAGUAGUUGAAGUAUUAUUCUUUGCCAUGUACAUAAAAUAUAAACACAUUAUAAAUAAUAAUAUUGCUAUUUCGACAUCAUAAAAUUUAUAUAACGUCACAGGUCCAGUGCAGUUUCAUUUUUACUGUAAAUAGGCAGUUUGAUGAUAUUUAUGUUUAAUAUCGCAGAAAUACUUCUGAGUUUCCAGGGAACCAUUUAAAGUAAGCAAGUUAAGUUAACUCUUGAUCAGAAUGUUUGAUUUGUGCUGGAAAGAAUGCAGGAACACAAUAGCCGAAUUCAUCUAGAUGGACACAUGCAAUUAAACCAUUGGACUAUUAAUAAACCUGGAAAAUCCGGAAACUCUCAAUCCAACAGCAAACUUCAAAACCUCAAUUCUUCAGCGUAAUUCAUAGUGACGUUUUAUGUCAAUUUUUGCCUUUUCUACGGACAAGACAGACAAGGGCAAAAUCUUAUCUAUUUGUUAAUUUUACAAUAUUUUUGAAGGAGUGAAAUAAAUUGAAUAUAAGAAUGCUCUAGAGCCCCUAACAUACUAGCCUGCAUGGCAGACCCUCAAUUGGGAAGGACUGUCUGCCGGGUUUGGCUAUGUAUUUUCAGGGUGUUAGCUAGCCUGGAUAUACUGUCCGUUUGACAGACUCUUUCCAAUAGACCUUUCCCCUUUUGAGUGAAAUUUUGAUCUAGACAAGUCUGGACAAAAAUUUCAUCACAGCUUGAAAGAGCAUCACAAAAUUAGUAAUAUUCCGAAGUUUCGUUGUGAAAUGCACUGUAAGUUGUAAAAUGCGGAUGAUAUAGCCUUGUGAAGUUUGCCGUUUUUCAGUCAUUUUGUAUUACAAAUGGGAAAUUGAUAAUCAGUUUGAUCAUCUGAUUACCAAUUUCCCGUUUGUAAUACAAAAUGACUGAAAAACGACAAACUUCGCAAGGCUAUAUUAUCCGCAUUUUACAACAUUUUGCAACAAAACUUCGGAAUAUUACUAAUUUUGUGACGCUCUUUCAAGCCUCUCUCCUCCGCAGAGGCUUACAUGAAGUUUCUAGUGAUGGAAAAGUGAGCACGCAAGGAGUGAUGGGAGGAAGCCUCUGCAAGUUAAUGCAAUCAAUAUGGCGUUGUAUAUAAUCGUUUGUAGCGAAGUUCGAUCAACCAUCGGGGGUGUUAAAACAUGUUUUUGGCUUUCAUUUCCAGGCGUACUUGAGUAUCCUGGGGUGAGUUCAAUAUCAAUAUCUUCUUCUGUCCAUUUGCAUCGAAAAAUAUUGAGAAAUUGCAAACGAAUAUCAAUGGAUGGAUACAAGCUAUCUAAUUAAAAAUAUCAUCUUAAUUGCAACAUUUCUUUAUAAAAAUGACUCUGUUGAACUUUGAUACUCAGAUUAUGAAGAUUCAUUUCAAUUUCUUUCACAUUUCUGUCGAUUUCAAGUUUAAAAAAAGGUCAAACAACUAGUUUGGUUCAAAAACCAUACUUUGUCGCAUUAUCUGGCAGAGCCUCCCCAACUUCAUUUCAAUCUUCCCAUCACACCGUGCACACUCACUUUUAUUCAGAAAACUUCAUGUAAGUUAUUUGUAAAUACUUAAGGAGGCUCUGCAGAGGAGAGAGCUUUCAAGCUGUGAUGAAAUUUUUGUCCAGGCAUAUCUAGAUAAAAAUUUCACUCAUAAGGGGAAAGGUCUAUUGAAGUAGCUAAGGGGCUUUCCCAAUUGGGUCUACUGGAAGAUUUUCAUUUUUUCUGAUGAGAAACUACAUUGCAUUUGAUUUUAUAUUAUUAUAUCAAAGAACUUUUUAUUUACUCUUUCCCAUUAGCUAUUUUCUCAAAAUGUAUCGCGUUUCAUUCAUAUUGGGUGUGUAUUCACUGAAAUGAAAUGUACAAAACAAAGUGUAAUCGGUGUGCAUCCGUGUUCAUUCACCAGAAAUGAAAUAUAUAAAACGAAGUGCCAUUGGAUGCAUAAUUUUUCAGUGUUCAUGGAGAAAUAUGUUCAUGGUUCAAGGAGAAAUAUGUUGGAAAAACGUUAUUCCUACACAAGGACUUUGAUCGGUCAAAAAAACUAUCCCAAUUUACGUUUAACAGACAAAACUUUUUUUCUGGCUAACACCCUGAUUUUGGAUACUGUCCCCUUUAAAAUCACAGCUAAAAAUAAACAACCAUUACUUAUGUAAACAAACCGCACAUUCAAAUCAAAUACUUAAGGUAGCGACAUCAAAUGUUCUUGUAUUGCCAUGUGGAUAUUUUUACUUUAUGACCGCUAUACUAACAUUCAAAAUGCUAAUAUCAGUACAUCACAUAUUUUCAUUCAAGCUGACUUGGGAACAGGAAUAAAUUGUGAAACUUUAGCAAAAUAAUUUAGUGCCACCAUUUUCCAUCAAAUGAUCAAAUUGACAAAUUAUUAAGGCUUGGAAUUAAGCCCCAUUUACACUACUCUCUUCCAGCUCCUCCUUUAAUUAAUCUUCUGCACAAUGACUGUGAGUUUUGAUGCUAUUACCUCACCUGCAAUGACUUCCACAGAAUUUAAAGCUGUUAUACAUGCUUAUAUAAAAAAUACCAGACAUAUUUCAAUAUUUUUAGUGUAGCAUUUUUGGAUGAAAUACAAAAUUAUCAAUAUUGGUUUAUUUCAGAAAACAUGCACACCUCCCCAUAUGGAGAAAAUGGGAAUCUAUCUACCCUCUUCCAAAUGGAUCUCCUGGCAUAUAAUGAUAUUUGCAAGUAGAUUUCUUCCCCUCCCCCCACGCGUAUUUCCUUCUCAGGGGGCGCACAUUCUGAAACAAUUAGGCUGGGGCAGUUUAUUCGUAAACCGAUAAAUAUCAGGGUUUUCUUCUUUGCCUAGUACAGUAGAUUGAAAAACUGAGACCUUGUGCUGCAUUUUUCACAUUCGUUCCUGGUCAGGUCUUAAAAUGUAUAUAUACUCACUUGUACAGAUUUGCCUAGUACAGUAGAUUGAAAAACUGAGACCUUGUGCUGCAUUUUUCGCAGUCGUUCCUGGUCAGGUCUUAAAAUGUAUAUACUGUAUACUUACUUGGAUUACAAACCCUAACAUUGUAAUAUUAAUUCCACCAAGUGAAGUGCAAGAAACAAAUCAUUGAAGUCCACCUUAUCACAACCCGCACACCCGAUUACUAUAUAUACAUGAACUUACUGUUACAGCUCAACAGCUGGCCUCUGUAGCUCAGUUGGUUAGAGUGCUGCACCGGGAUCGCAGGGCCGUAGGUUCAAUUCCUACCAGAGGACCUUGUGUUGCAUUUUUCGCAAUCAUUCCUGGUAAGGUCUUAAAAUGUAUAUAUACUCACUUGGAUUACAAACCCUAACAUUCUAAUAUUAAUUCCACCAAGUGAAGUGCAAGAAACACAUCAUUCAAGUCCACCUUAUCACAACCCGCACACCCGAUUACCUAUAUAUACAUGAACUUACGGUACAGCUCAACAGCUGGCCUCUGUAGCUCAGUUUGUUGGAGCGCUGCACCGGAAUCACAGGGCUGUAGGUUCAAUUCCUACCAGAGGACCUUGUGCUGCAUUUUUCACAGUCGUUCCUGGUCAGGUUUUAAAAUGUAUAUAUACUCACUUGGAUUACAAACCCUAACAUUCUAAUAUUAAUUCCACCAAGUGAAUUGCAAGAAACACAUCAUUCAAGUCCACCUUAUCACAACCCACACACCCGAUUACCUAUAUAUACAUGAACUUACGGUACAGCUCAACAGCUGGCCUCUGUAGCUCAGUUAGUUGGAGCGCUGCACUGGAAUCGCAGGGCUGUAGGUUCAAUUCCUACCAGAGGACCUUGUGCUGCAUUUUUCGCAGUCGUUCCUGGUCAGGUCUUAAAAUGUAUAUAUACUCACUUGGAUUACAAACCCCAACAUUCUAAUAUUAAUUCCACCAAGUGAAGUGCAAGAAACAAAUCAUUGAAGUCCACCAAAACAGACCGAAGAAUUGUAUAUCUCCAUUUGUUCACACAAUAUGCAAGACCUAUACACAACUGAGAAAUGCCGAAACUUGAUCAGAAUGUUGAUAGCCUGUAGCCAAACUUCUUUUCUUUUUGUUUCUCGGUGUUGGCCUCGCAUAUUUUAUUUUAUUUUACAGAUUUUGCCAUUUAACACAAACUAUUACACAAAAUUAGUUAGACAAUAGAUUACAUGGCUGGAAUUACCACGCAGAGAUUAAGGCGGAUUUCCAGUCCUCGCACAAAGCUCCUCGCUGCGAGUGAUGCAUGAGCACUUUCAUCCAAUCACAAUGCUAAACAGUUAAUUUUAAUUAGAUGCAAGAACUCGCAGCGAGCAGCUUCGUGCGAGGACUGGAAAACCGCCUUUAGUUCUCCAAAAACAGGGUUCCUAGACAUUCGAAAUACACAGUAUGAACAAUAACAGGCUUGCCGACAGACAGACAGACAGACAGACAGACAGACAGACAGACAGAUGUGAAGAUCAACAAACAAGCACAACAAAUUACAAUCAAUGACUUACAAUUUAUGUGACAGUAAAUUUAAAUAAACAACAUGCUCAAUUCGACAAGUUAGUCAAUGGGCGAGUUGUGUGACACUUCACUCUCGGAUCCUCAGGAUUAUAAAUUUCUUUAGUGAGAUUCCUAUAAUGUUGCAUUAAACAAAAUUUGAAAGAGGCCAAGAAAAAAAACAUGUGAAAUAGACCUUAGUAUUAUUUUAUGCAGUCUGUUUUUUGCAUCUUUUUGGGAUAUUCAAUAAGGGGUUUCAAGCGUCAACAUGGCACAAAAAACAGUUUUAUCAGUUUCUUUCCGCCCAAGCCUAGAAACAAUCAUGAAGACAACAUUGAUCAGUACAUUGCAACAUCCUAAUUCAAAUAUUUCUUUUCCAACCAGGAUGUGACAUCAACAAAAGGCAAUGAUUUUGAAGAUUACUGUCUUAAACGUGAAUUAUUAAUGGGAAUAUUUGAAAAAGGUUAUGAAAAGCCAUCACCUAUACAAGAAGAAAGUAUUCCUAUUGCAUUAGCAGGAAGAGAUGUUCUUGCACGAGCCAAAAAUGGGACAGGAAAGACAGCAGCUUACUUGAUACCAGUACUUGAAAAACUUGAUGUUGCCAAAAAUUGUAUUCAAGGUAAAAUACUGAACAUGUACUGUACAUACCUCACACUCUUGGUGCUCCUGAUUAAUUAAUAGAUUUUUUGUGGGUUUUUGUGGGAAUUGAUUAUUCAUGACAAUAAUAGGCAAUUCCAGCUUUUAGUUUAUGCCUGCAGGGGAUGAUGGGAAGUGAGGUAUCAUGGCUGAUUUGCUGAAAAAAUUGCUGAAACAACCGAAAUAUUUCAAUUUUACGAGUAUAAGCCAUCACUCUGUGUUUACAUGGCCAUUUCUAUUUUUUCAGCAUAAACAACGAUGUGAUACCUUACUUCCCAUCGUCCCCUGCUCGCAUAAACUAAAAGCUGGAAUUGCCUAUUGAAUCAACAAAACUGCUGUGCAUACUAGCAUGAUACUUGGAUUAUUAACUUUCUUUCAAAAUGUGACCUGUUUUUUUUUAUUUUUCUGCUACCACUAGCUCUCCCAUUGGCCAUUGCCUGUCAAAAAAAGUUCAACACAUAUCCCUUUCUUGGAAGCGACAUUAAGUCGUUAACCAGUGUUGUCGUGUCUAGAUUUAUUCAGUAUGAUUAAUCGAUUGUUGAUGACGAUUCAUAGAUUAUGAUAAUUUACAGUACUGAUGGGAGCGGGUCUAGUAGAGAGUUUAUACAAUGGAUAAGAUGAAUUUUAACAGACAAUUUUGAAAUUUAGACCCUCUGAAAUAGCAUUUUCAGCCAUUGUGCAGAUUAGUUUUGGAGUUUUUGUCAUAUCAAAAUAUUUAAUGAAGAAUAUCUUUUAAGAAACCUUUCCCUUGACAUUUUUGUUGUAAGCAGGAAUUACUUUAGGUGGUAAUUUUAAAGAAAUAGCCGGCGAUUUUAUAUGCAAUAGACAGUGUUUUUACCGGGUGCAGGCUUCUAUUGGGAACCCUGAUACUAUGGAGUACAGGAAUAAAAUAAUUAGAAGUCCCGGGUCACAUACACCAACCGUUAGACUAACACCCCCCAUGAGCUCAAUGUUUUUUAAUUGCAUUUUAUUGGAUGCAAUGAGGUUUUGAGCCACAAUGUUCAUGUAACAGACUUUAAUAAUGUUUAAUGUAAUAUUGAUGUUAUAUAGCACUAGUAUUGGUUCCAACACGAGAACUUGCUCUACAAACAUCGCAAAUAUGUAAAGAACUUGGUAAACAUCUGAAUGGACUUCAGGUCAUGGUUACUACAGGUGGAACAAGCUUGAAAGAUGAUAUUAUGAGAUUAUAUAAUCCAGGUAAUCUUCAUAUUCUCAUGGUGAGUAGUUAGGGCACAUGAACAUUUGACUGGUUAGUCUGAGUGAUCAGUCAAUUGCAUUUGUAGCUGGGGGGAGGGGAUAACAGGGUUGGUACAAAACAACUUGAAAGUCCUUGAAAGUCCUUGAAUGUCCUUGAAUGAAAAUUCUUCUUGCUUUAGUUUAUGGAUAUUUUAUGAAAUUAUUUGACAUUCAAAACUGACAUUUUUUUGAACUGAUUUGCAUGUUCAUAUCUGACAAAGCUGUUUGAAAUUCAUAAUAAAGUUGUGCCCUUUUUGAACAAUUGAACAUCACAUUUUAAGUACUGACUUCUAAUGCCUUCUCUUCAGUAUUUAGUCCUUGAAUUUGCUGAUACAUGGCCUUGAAUGUCCUUGAAAAGUCCUUGAAUUUAACUCUUCCUGACAUGUACGAAUUAACCAGGGAUAAUUUUUGAAAACCUCCGAACGAUACCUGUAGCUGAAUAACUAUACAUCAUGUAUACUAUUGCAUGGAGUUUGAGGCAAAAAAUUGUAAAAAAACUGAGAUUUCUGGGUACAAAAGAGGCGGUCAUAUGUUGGCAACCUAAUUUCCCCCACCAUAUUUUAUGAAGUGUCUGCCACUGAUUUGUGGGGUUGCAACAUUCAUCCCCCUUACUCUCACCCCAUUGGUCCUUGAAACCGAACUGUGCAUAUUUUGAUGGUAGAUUGAUUGCAAUUUAGUCUUAAAAUUUCUUGAAAUUGGCCUUUAAAACUUUGUAGUACUGUAGGUGACUGUAUAAGGCAACAUACCUAAUAAGCAUGAUUUCCGUACACCACCAGAAAUAAUUGUAUGCUUAUUAUUAUCAUUGUAGUUCAUGUGAUCAUUGCCACUCCUGGUAGAAUUUAUGACCUGUUAAAAAAGGAAUUGGCCAACACAAAAGACUGUCAAAUGGUGGUAAUGGACGAGGUACACUGUCUGUAUUCUUUUGAAAGCUGUGUUGUUUUGAGAGUUGAUCUAGGAUGUUGGUUUGUGUACACAUCUUGAUCAAGACUAGGAGAACAUUUUAAAGUUAAUUAACAAGCUAUUUGGACAUUUCCUUUCACUUUUUUGUUAAUCCAGGAUUAAGUUAACCUGCUUUAGAAAUGUGUAUAACGAGAAAGUUUAAGAAAAGUUGGAACGAAAUAGGUUAAAUGGAUUGAUAAUUGCUGUUUAAAUUCAAAAUGUGUCAUGUAAUAAAUGCAAUAUAAAUUAAGUUUGCAAACAUUCGUACUACAAGAUAUUUUAGAUAGAAAUUUUGAAAUUAAAAAUUUAAAUAUGCAUUACACAGUUUACAAAAAGUUUUGCCAACUUUGCUCCCAACGACAAUAACAAUGGUACAAAUUCACAUUAAAAACCAUAUUUCAAAGAACUGCACCUUUAACAAUGGGCAGAUUUUAAAAAUGAGUUGAAUGGAUUUUUGUAUUGUUGUUCUAUAGGCAGAUAAACUUCUAUCUCAAGACUUUAAAGGAGUGUUGGAGCAAAUUAUUCACCACAUGCCAACCUCCAGACAAAUUCUCCUAUUCUCAGCAACAUUUCCAGUUACAGUUAAAGAAUUUAAGGUGAGGUUACAAAAUUCCAUAUCGUCGUAUUUUUGCCGGCUAUUUUUGCCGGCUAUUUUUGCCAAAUAUAUGAUUAAAGACAGAUUUAUUUGAUCAUACUUUCAUAAAUAUGUAAUCAUGGAAUCAGAAUACCACAAUGAAAAUCAAUUUUAGGACACGAGGUGCGAUUUAUAGGUUUGGUUUUGACACUACCUGCAGGUCAACAAAGUUGUGGUUUAUACAAUACCUAAAGCUGGUGAAAUCAAUGACACCAUUGGUUAAAAAUGGUCAUAAAACGUUUUUCCUAAAUUACUAGAAAGUUGACAAAGUGCGUAAUGAUGGUGUAAAAUACGAUCUGUGUUGUUCAAUGUUUGGUGCUAUCUUUAGGAAAAAUAUCUAGAGAAGCCUUAUGAAAUCAAUUUAAUGGACGAACUGACAUUAAAGGGAAUUACACAGGUUGGUUUGUAACUUCUUUAUAUAUGAUAACGUUGUCAUUUACAACAUGUCAUUUACAUGACAAUGCAUGAGUAAUGUACACAUAUCGUUAUACCUUAGGUGUGUAGAAAUCGACAAACGUUUAAUUUAUUUACAACUUUCUGUUGCAGUACUACGCAUUUGUUGAAGAAAGACAAAAAGUACACUGUCUAAACACGUUAUUUUCAAAGGUUGGUCUUUUUUACUCGAUAUAAUUGACCACGUUACAUAUUUUUAUGAAACUUGUUUGAGAUACAUGCAGUAACCUGAAAAAUACAAGGAGUAUAAUAGAAAUUAGUUGCAUCCCUAGCAAUCCGAGCUUUCCUAUUAUUGCCACUACCUACACUGGCACAGACCGAAAAUAAAUACAACUGCCUGAAAUGAGAAGUGCAUUACUAUACCUCUCUUGUUGUCGUCGCUACUUACAUUGUACUAGCACCGACCGUUUCUAGAAACCUGAAAUAAUCACUGGCUUCUUUCCGCGUGUUUUCUCCAAAUAUUUAUAUUGUAAUAUGUUAAAAACAUCAAGAACUAAUGUCCCAGUGAAAGUGCAGUCUACUACUUUUAUCCUUCUGCAGGCGUAGAACCAGCAAACCUCGAAACUCGCAAAAUGAGGAAAAAUCUUAGCCUUGCCAGCAGGCCUCAUUAACAUUUUUUCGUGCCUGCGAGCGAAAUUCAAAAUGUGCCUGCAAAAACACAUCUUAUUUAGAUUUUGUGACUUAAAUAUUGUUACCUGCGAGCGGCGCUCGCGCAUUUUAUUGAUGUCUGCUUUCCAGUGAAAAAAUUUCACAGCAAACUUUCGCGAGUAAUGGAAUUUAUUCGGGUAAUUUGAGCUAUUGUGGUUACAUACUGGAUUUGAAAUUUUGCUAGUGACUUUACUUUUUGUAACACGUGUUUGCUAGCUUAAGUUCAACCCUUAUUGAACCAGACACCUGGAUUAUAACUCACAAAUAGUUCAUUCUGUUUUAGUUACAAAUCAAUCAAUCGAUUAUUUUCUGCAAUUCCGUUCAAAGAGUGGAAUUAUUGGCCAGACGUAUUACAGAGCUGGGUUAUUCAUGUUUUUAUAUACAUUCAAAAAUGUCGCAACCUCACCGCAACAGAGUGUUUCAUGACUUCCGUAAAGGAGAAUGUCGAAAUUUAGUUUGUUCAGGUACGAUAUCAUUACUUUAUUAAAUUUCUCCUCAAAUGAAACAAGCAAAAGAGCCUCGACCAGUAUUCACAUUUUUCAUUGAAAGUGUUUUUAUAAAUUCUGUAUAUACAAUGCAAUACGAAACUGUACUUUAUUGAACUCUCCCAUGAGUACAUACCACAAAAAUAUUGUAAAAUACAGUAUGCUCAUUAAAACUAUAUAAAGGAUAUAUAUGUUUAUUAGUUUGGAAAGUCAAAUAAUAAAAUGUUUCUCCAAUAGAUAUUUAUGUAACUUGUAUUUAAAAAUGCAUGUUAAUUGUUGGAACUAGAUUUAAUAUCCUCUGGAAGUUCGUUCCGUAAAGUGACGGCGCGGUAAAAAAAUGUCCGCUGGCACUCUUGAAGAAAGAGAUGUUCAAUUAAUGAUUAAUCACAUGCAAAGUAUUUUAAAAACAAUGAACGAAAAAAUAUUUCAAACCGAUUUUUUUUUCAAGUUCGCAGUAUUUAUCAGUGAAUGUGGUGUUCACUUUGAUUUCCCCAAGUUAUAUAUGAUUGCCCGUUUUGAUGAUAAUUAUAGUUAGUAUCAACCCGGAUCAAACAAAGAGUUGGCACAUGACUUGUAGCUGUACUUCCAAUGCUUUCCCAACACUAUCAUGUAUUCUAUCAAAAUUUUUAUUUCGUUAAUCUAGAGCUUAAAAUCUCCCCUGUAACAAUGCGUGACUGCCAGUCUCGUUUGAGCGGGGCUUUAAAGUAAUUUUUCUAUUUCUUUUCUUCAGACUUGUUCACCCGUGGUAUCGACAUCCAAUCAGUGAAUGUUGUGAUCAAUUUUGAUUUUCCAAAGUUAUCUGAGACGUAUCUUCAUCGCAUUGGUCGCUCAGGACGUUACGGGCACCUCGGUCUGGCUGUCAAUCUUAUCACUUAUGAUGAUCGUUUUGAUCUCUUUAAAAUUGAACAGCAACUUGGCACCGAUAUCAAAGCCAUUCCUUGUAGUAUUGACAAGAGUCUGUACGUCGCAGAGUACCACCAAGUACAAGAUGAAAAUUGAGUAUCCUUUAAUUGUGACGUCUUCUUGCUUGUGACGCCACAAAAUUGUUGUCGUGAUUUUGAUGUAUUUUACAUAUUGUGUCCUCAGUGUACAUAGUGGAUAUGGCACGUGAUGUGCAUGUUUGUUAAAAUCCAUCUCAAAGUCUGUUAUAUUCUGGGGCAAGACAAGUUUCAAUUUGCAUUCAAUUUUUACAAACCUUCUCAUUUGAACGAAAGCAUAUUUUUUCAAAUCGAAAUGUUUUAGAGCAGUUGGGUGUGGUCGUAAAACUGGUUCAAAACCCUUGUUUUGGAAUUUUGUAAUGAAUGCAUCGAUAAUCUAAAAACUAACCCCUUUCAAUUAGCAGCUAAAUCUAAUUUCAAAAGAUCAAGGCUUGUAAGAGUCAUGUAUGUCUUGACCCAGUUGUACAGUGUAUAAAACGUGAUUGAGUCAACGUGUAAAUUGUCGAUAAAUUAUUUAAUUAUGUACGUUUCCAGUGCGCCAACGCAGUGUGGUGGAUGGAAACUCUAGCAUUGAGCUGGAAUAAAGUGAUCAUUUCUUGGAUAGCAUGACUGGAAUCAUUCUCGUUUAAAAAUAAUUUCACUGCGAAGUAAGGUCUAAUUACCAAAAAGUCGUUUGAUCUGAGGCAUCCUUGCAUGGAAUAAGGUGGUCAAGAUCCGAAGAAAUUAAGUUUUGCUUUCUGCUCCACGCUAGAGUUUCCUGUAAUGUUGUAACAGUGGUUGGCUGGGCCAUAUUAGACAAUUCUGGCUAUAUAUCUGUAGAUCCCUAGAUCAUAUUCAGAUUGAGUAUCAGCCAACCUCUGAUACAAAUACUCGCACUUCAAGCGUCGCAAUAUUCCUAUGCCAGGUUUCUAAGGUUUCAUGCCCGACCAAACAUUAGACCCUGACGUACGAAUGUUACGAUGUUUGUAGUACGCCUCAGGCUACGUUUGCACGGCUCCGGACGAACUGAACUUUGACCUCGCACGGUUGCACGUGUUAACAAUUUCCUGCGGUUCCGAAUUCGUCCGAAGUCGUGUAAUCGUAACUAAUUUGUAAAUAUGUGUAAAUAUAUAGAGUUCUAUUUUCGAAAUGGGGAGGGAUGGGUAUUGUUUGGCAUCUAAUGCGUGUGUAGAUGUCAGAAAUCUUGAUUUAGAAACAUCGGGUAAUUGCAAGAUUUCCAAUUAGAAAACAGUAAUUGAAACAUUUCUCCAUCGUUCAUGACCGCCAUGAAAUGUUUUCAUGAACUUUGACUGGAGUAAAAUACAACGGUUUUGAUUAUAAAAUUGAUAGAACGUACGUUUGUCCAUGCUACUGCAGUAGGGCAUUGUACCAAUGAUUUCAUUGAAAGGGUCACUGGCAAAAACGAGAAAAGUAAUUACAGUCAGUGAGUAGUUAAAGUAGUACCAAGAAAGUACAAACAUGAUUCUGGAGCAUGAAAAUGGUAAAUUAGCAGUAGAUUUUACGGUUUUGAGCUCCACAAGUCCGUAUAAUCAUUUUGAUGGUUAUCGGUCAGAGGAAAGAUAUUGAAAACUUGUAUGAAAUAUCUCGGGUACAAAAGAGCGUUUCAAGAUUCAGCACUAAAAGCUGCAAUCAGUCUGCCAAGGUUUUUUGCUAUAAGUCUACUGCAAGUGCAUGAAAGCCUUGGCAGACAUUUUGUCCACAAUAUGUGGAUCAAUAUGAAAUAACAUAUUUCAAAUAAUAUACAGGUUGGAAUUCGCAUGAGGGAAAUCAGACACAUGAGUGUAAAGAUCCAUCUGUAUAUUAGACUGCUUACAUUUUCCAACUUUGUAAGCAACUCGAAGAAUAACAUGGCGUGUUACAGGACCACCUGUGAGCACGAAGGUGCAGUUACGUUGAACAUUAGUUCAAGCCAGCGUAACUUCACAAAGUACGAACUUUAAAAGUUAAAACACUUGCAGUAAACAGUUACGUCUAGAUGUUCCUGGAAAAACUAAACUAAACUUCUGUCUAAAACUUCAGGUCGGGCAACUAAAAAUAUUUAACAUUUCCCUUCUGUUUACUGCAUUUGUUCACUGUAGUUUCGUCUUUCGAAUGUCAUCUUCACUAACUGCCCGAAACUACAGUGUGUUAAGUUAUAAAGCGCAGUUUUAUCGUUGUGUGUCAUUAGACGCAUUUGGGGAACAUUGUCGUAUCUAGUUCCUAAGAAAAUCGUUUGUUUGUCGACAGUUUCUACUUCAGAAACGUUGACUUGCUACGAUCAAAAUUGUGUUGUGUAAUUAUCUGUCCACGUAUUAUGUAAUUAGUUUUUGUUUUAGUUAAUGUACUGUCUAAAAUUGAGCUAGCUACCGUUCUUUUUAACCAAUUGUGGUGAUGUUGCGUUCGAGAGUUUUUCAUCUGUUUUCAUUCGGUUAAAUCUGUUUUCAUAGUGAGGGAAAAACAAUGUUGAUUGUUCGCAAAUAUCACCAACACCUGUUUAACAGACUAGCCAAGAACUAAGCAAUGUAACUAUUGUAAUUCUUUGGCCGCUUGAAGCUGGUAUGGGAUAGAAUUUUUCACUAAAUACAACUUUAGGAAAGAUCUACAGGUAGAUGUGGGAUAAUUUAAAGCUUUUUAAAUUUUUUACACUACAAGUCAACAAUUCAGAAAUUUUUAUUCAGAUCAUGCAUGUAGGUAUUUUUGACCAGGUUGAAUGGUUAAGACGCUUCCUACAGGUUUUUCUAAAUCGUUGAAGAGAGACGGUAGCUGGUGUUAUAUGUUAACAAUUAUUGUUAUUAAAGUUUCGUUGCAUGAUCAUGUUUGGAUUUGAUCAGUACUUUAGGGUCAAUAGUGGUUGUUAGUCGUAUUUCGGUUUAAAGAUUGUCUGCAGAUCUGCGGUAUAUUGAUAAUUAAUGAUUCUCUUAGUAUAAACAAUGAGAAAAAAUCUUAAUUUGCUUCUGCACUUUUGAUUAUUUCUCAUUCAUCUGUUAGCAAAUGUUGUGUAAUUUUUCUUGUCCGAACCAAUAAAAUAUUUGUUGUUA